CACCCCUCCUCUUGGCGUUCCACUAUUAUUCCACUCCACUUAUUCCCAGUCUAGGAAAAAUCCGUUAGUCAAUGCACAGAAGAGACGCGGCGAGGUGAUGCUGUCCACCUGACCAAUACAAUUCACUUUUUCUUGAUUGAAAAAAAUAUCUCAAAGGAAAAAACAACAACAUUUGGACUGAAGAAAUCGGAGAAGAAAACUUUGGAUUAGGAACCAUUUGAGAGUAAAAGUUUGGAAAGAAACAAUCUGGAGUGGAACACUGUGGAUAGAUGACUUUGGAGCUUGGAUUGAAAACUGGGUGCAGUGUUUCCCAACUUUCCAACAGUCUUGGAAUUGGUUGCACAGAUACACCUGAGCAUUAUAAGGAAUAAAGGAACAAAUAAAUAAGAAGAUAUGGCCUCUGCGGCUCUUGAGAUCCUCGGUCUGACCCUGUGCGUUAUCGGAACGCUUCUGGAGAUGGCCGCUUGCGGCUUGCCCACCUGGAAAGUGACCGCCUUCAUCGAGGCCAACAUCGUGGUGGCGCAGACCAUCUGGGACGGCCUGUGGAUGUCGUGCGCCGUGCAGAGCACGGGCCAGAUGCAGUGCAAGACUCACGACUCCAUGCUCGCCCUCAGCCAAGACCUCCAGGCCGCGCGCGCGCUCAUGGUAAUCUCCUCCGUGAUGUGCGUCAUCGGGCUGAUGGUGGUGAUCGCCGGCGCGCAGUGCACCAACUGCAUCAAGACGGAAAGCGUCAAGGCGCGCGUAGUGAACGUUGGAGGGGUCAUCUACAUCAUCAGUGCCAUCUUCAUGCUGGUGCCCCUGUGCUGGAUGGCCAACAACAUCAUCUCCGACUUCUACAACCCGCAGGUGCCGGCGGCCCAAAAGCGGGAGAUCGGCGCGGCACUCUACAUCGGCUGGGCGGCCACCGCGCUGCUUCUGCUCGGGGGCAGCAUGCUCUGCUGCUCGUGUCCGGCGUCGGGAGGCUCCGGUUACUCGGUGAAAUACGCGCCCACCAAAAGAGCAACACCUAACGGGGACUAUGACAAGAGGAAUUAUGUUUAAAAACUGCGAGAUGAUGAUGCGCUUUGGACUGGUUUUACAACAGAAAACAUCCUGUUUUGGAGUUCUUAUGAAAUCUUGUACUAUUGACUGAUUUUCUUGGACUACUGAUUGGCCCAGUUUUAAAAAAAAUUACGGAUAUGCAUGUUCAAAAGGUGAAAAGCUAGAGUAACUUUCAUUAAAGUUAUACAAUGCUCAACAGAUCAUAGAUAGUUAGAUGUGUCGGACAUUAUAUAAUGCUUGUUAAUGGCCUAAUGAAAGUUUUUAAACUUCAAGUAUCAGUUGACUAAUCUUACUUUUAAAGCAUCUUGGACUACUGCUGAUUUGGACCAUUUUAUAUAUAUAUAUAUAUAUAUAUAUAUAUAUAUAUAUAUAUAUAUAUAUAUAUAUAUUUAACAUGCUAUUUCAAAAACUGUUGAGGAUAUAUGUGUGGAAAUGUGCAACCACUUUAUAACAACUUUUAUGAAUGGCAUAAACAAACGUCAUAAUGAUGGAAUGAUAUGUCAGUCCUGAAACUUUGAUUUAUAUAUUUCAUAUGUGCUAUUGACCUAUACGUAUUUCAAAUGUGCAUGAACUGAUUCAUUAGGCACUACAUAAUGUUUGUUAAUGACACAAUGAAAGUUAUUAAAGUUUUACCCUUUAUUUUAU